AAUACGCAUGUACAAGUCAAAGUACCCGGUGCGUGCACGCCCCUUAGAGGCCCAUGCUGUCCCAGUGUAGGUUUAUAAACGCGCAAUCGUCAUCGUCAGUCAUAUAGGAGGACGUGACUUGUGUAUCACUUCCGGCCGGCGCGGUGGCAACAACCCGAGGUGAUGAACACACUUUAGCCAUGCAAAGCAUUGUAGAGCUAAAUGCAUGAUUUACUUUCACCUUGCACUGACCUGAGUUCAUGCAAAGUCGCGUCCGGUAUUCUUCAUAGAAACGAACUGUUAAUCGCAAUAUGGCAAGCAUAGGCGGUGGCAUGCAGAGAUGGGCAGGACGUAUUGCCUUGGUAACAGGAGCCUCUGCAGGUAUUGGUCAAGCCACAGCAAAGGUGCUUGCCAGACAUGGAAUGAAAGUGGUUGGCUGUGCCAGGAACAUCAAGCCAAUUGAGGAUGAUGCUCGGGAUCUGUCCAGCGACAGCACUGUCACUGGCUCCCUGCACGCAAUCAAGUGCGACCUGACACAAGAGGGCGAAAUCCUGGCAAUGUUUGCUGAGAUCAAGGAGAGGUUUGGCGGUGUGGACGUCUGUGUCAGCAAUGCAGGAAUAAGUCAUUCCGGUUCACUGGCCUCACCAAUUGGUAUACUGAAUGGAGAGACGGUCAAAUGGCGAGAUAUGUUAGAUGUGAAUUUUUUAGCUGUGGCUAUUUGCUGUCGAGAGGCUGUGAAACAGAUGGAGGAGAAGGGAGCAACAGAUGGUCAGCUGUUGGUGACCAACAGCUUGGCAGGUCACCGAUUGACCGUGAAAGACUUCCAUUUCUACGCUGUCACCAAGCACGCCGUGACUGCCUUGGUGGAAGCUAUCCGACGGGAAUUGAGGGAGAAGAAGAGCCACAUUAGAAUUGCGCAAAUAUCACCUGGCAUUGUGGAAACUGAAUUUCGAGAGCGCAUGUAUUCCGAUGAUCCAGAAAAGUGCCGGAAGCUAUACAAAACAUUGCAGCCACUGUUGGCAGACGACAUUGCUGACAAUAUGCUAUACGUUCUGCAAGCCCCACCCCAUGUUCAGGUGCAUGAUAUUAUCAUCCGGGCAACCGAGCAAAAGAUUUGAAGAAAGUGAUUGAAAGUGGACGACUUUCCUUGAGGAGUCUUCCUUAGUAAAUCAAGACCAACUGCUGCUGUAGCUUUAGCUUUCUGGUUUUUUGUUUUUUUUGUUCUGACAAACAAUGCAUGUAGAGCAGGUAUCUGAUUUUAUGAAGGCAAUAAGUUACUUCAGGCUUUGGGUUAUUUCAGCAUCAAUCAAAAUGUGUCAAUAUCCUGUGCAUGCUCAUGGAACUAAUUUUGCCUUGUAUCCAAACUUACAAAUAUCCAAAAAUUGAUAGUUUUAAAACUGUUUCGGUUCACUUAGCUCCAAGAUCAGUCUGCAGAGAGAGUAUCUAUACUUCUGGAGUCCAUGUUCAGAAAUUCCUCAGCGUCUUCGGCGAUUGAACAAUGUAAACAGCAAGCAGUUAAUUCACCCGUCGUAACUUUAAUUUUAAAUUCUGCAAACAGUUUUUCUUUGUGACGUACAAUACACUUUUAAACUUCCGUCAUUAGGUAUUGUGUACCGUCUCUCUUCAUUGAUUAAUAUUAUUUUUGUCAUAUUUUUUGUUAAUCAACAAAGGGUCAAAAUCUUCUUGGGGUUCAAAAAACCCUCGAGACAAGUUUACUUUUGCUUUUUUAUAUAUGGGCUCUGAAGCUUUUAAAGCCAUUUGAAUUUCAUUACAAAAUCUACACAAAUCUAUUAAUUCAAACUCUGCCAACGGUUUUUCCGUCACACCAAAGAGACAUGAAAUAAUGAAAUACAA